AUGGCGGACGCGGCGGCGGCGGAGCAGGCCCGGGAUGAGGCCGCGGCCGGCGCUGCGGAGAGCGUGAAGAUCAUCUGCCUGGGCGACAGCGCCGUGGGCAAGUCCAAGCUGCUGGAGAGGUUCCUGCUCGACGGCUUCCGCCCCCAGCAGCUCUCCACCUUCGCCCUGACGCUCUACAAGCACCGCGCUCGGGUGGAUGGGCAGGCGGUCCUCGUGGACUUCUGGGACACAGCUGGACAGGAGAGGUUCCAGAGCAUGCAUGCAUCCUAUUACCAUAAGGCUCAUGCUUGUAUCAUGGUGUUUGAUGUGCAGCGGAAAGUCACCUACAAGAACUUAAACAGCUGGUACAAGGAGCUGAGAGAAUUCCGCCCAGAGAUUCCUUGCAUUGUGGUGGCCAACAAAAUUGAUGCGGACAUGAAGGUGACCCAGAAAAACUUCAACUUUGCCCGGAAGUUCAGUUUGCCCUUUUACUUUGUGUCUGCUGCAGAUGGCACCAAUGUAGUGAAGCUCUUCAAUGACGCUAUCAAACUGGCAGUUGCUUACAAACAGAAUUCAGGCGAUUUCAUGGACGAGGUCAUGCGAGAACUGGAGAGCUUUGACCUGCAGAAGAAGAGUGAGAAUCUGUCGGAUAAAGAGGAGAGCUGCCCUGAAGAGAAGCCCCCAUCUGCCUAAGCCCCAGACCCUAAGCCUGGUUUUUCCCUUUGCUCUAGAUUUCUGGGGCUAGUUAGAGCUGGCCUUCGUGGAGGAAAGAGAUUUUUCUCAUGCCCUGAGAGCUCUGGUGAUGGGCAGCUGGGCCUCUCCCCUUCUCGUGGGAGACUGUCUGGCCAUGACCUUCCUAGACUCGGCUCUGGCCACUGCACAUCACGGUCCAGGAAAGGGCGAGAGUGUCCACGUGGUUGCUAGUUACUGCAUGCUUCUUCAAGGCAAAGCUAAGCCACCCUUGGACCUGCAGGAAGGGUCCUGCCCAGA